AUCCCAAAUGAGGAAACCCUAGGAGAGCCACCGACUCCAACUACCGUCCAUGUACGAUCCAUACUAGAUCUGACCAACUGCCCAUCCUACCUCCUCUACGUUCUUGACAGCCCGUCUUUGUCUCAGUAG